CUCAACUCACCAUCUCUCAUGCCGCCUCCCACCCAAUUCAGUGGUGCUUUAGCACCCAAAAAGAAGAUUGAACUACAAGCUAUCGCUUCGGCAUUGAAUCUGGAGGCUGGUGGGACGAAAGAGGAACUUCAAGGCCGUAUCAGAAAAUACCUCGAUAACAACCAAUCUGAACUGGAGGACGAUCCCACAUUCGCCGGUCUGUUUGGACGAAGAAAACGCAGCCAACCCCCACCCUCUCGUGUUGAAUCUCGCGCGUUGAAAACUCUACGCGAGUCUACUCCUAUCGCCGACGUGUCAGCAUACCUUGAACAAAAUGCUUUGACGCCAAGCAGCUUGCCUCCGCUUCCAGACAGUCCCAUAGCUCAUGGAGACAGGAGCAUCAUUGACCAACUCGCUCUUUCCCGCACCGACGUCUCCAACGUUGUCCAGCGUCUCAAAACGAGCGAGGAAAAUAUACUGCGCUCUGCCAAUUCAGGCAUCAUUGUGUUUCGAGAGACACUUUCCAGUUCCCGGAAUAUUUGGACCCUCACGGCAGUCUUGGAAUUGAUCUAUAUCCUCUACAUGAUCAUACCAUGGAAUGUCUACUUCCUCAAGUUCGGGGGGACUACUGCGUCAAUUCCAUACCCUCCCCUCGACACCAUCUAUCGCCCUUCAUUCACCCGCACUCUCAUCCACUGGUUCAUUCCAGCUUUACUUUUACCUGCCCUUGCAGGCAGUCUUAUUUCGUUCUCCCCGGCGCUUCCCACUGCGACACUAUCACGAGUUCCCUUUGACCCCCUCACUGCGUCUAUCAUCCGUCUUGCCCUUCAAUUUGCUUACGAUCCGUCAACAAUGAACUCUGCUGCGCGAGAUGUCAUCGGACUUCGUAUUCGGGCCCUCAACUCAGCCAUUGGAGUAGCGUUUGCGUUUGCGGAGGCCAUAAAGGGUGCUCCAGCCGUUUGGCAAAGAGAAUCGCCUGUGUUUAUGACGGAGGAGACGUCCGACAUUGAAUAA